CCGCUCUCCUCUCCCUCCCUGCCCCCCUCGCAACCCUGAAGAAGCCCCCACACGCAAGGCCGCAAACGCGCCGCGCACCGCAAGGUCCCAGGGAGCGACACGAGGCGGCCUCAUUGCAGCAUGGCUGCUAUGGCCGCCGCUGGCGGCGUCGGGCUCCACCUCAUUGGCGCUGCCACGGCCACGCUCAUCGUGGCGGUCCUUGUUGCGGCCGUGCUGGGGCGCCGCCGCCGGGCCCGGGCCCGGGCCCAGGCGCCUCCGGUGGAAGGGAAACCCGCGCCGGAGGCAGGCUGCGCGGUCGGUGACGGCGCGGGUCCCGACGUCGGGACGGACGUCAUCAUCGUCGGCGCCGGAGUGGCUGGAUCUGCGCUGGCGUACACGCUCGGAAAGGAUGGCCGCCGGGUGCAUGUCAUCGAGAGGGAUCUGACAGAACCUGACAGAAUUGUGGGCGAGCUGUUGCAACCUGGAGGUUACUUGAAAUUAAUUGAGUUAGGCCUCCAAGAUUGUGUGGAAGAAAUUGAUGCCCAACGUGUGCUUGGUUACGCAUUAUUCAAAGAUGGAAGAAACACAAAGCUUGCUUAUCCCUUAGAGAAGUUCCAUUCUGAUGUUGCUGGUAGGAGCUUUCACAAUGGGAGGUUUAUACAGAGGAUGCGUCAGAAAGCUGCGUCUUUGCCCAAUGUUCAAUUAGAACAAGGAACUGUUACAUCACUUCUCGAAGAAAAUGGUACUGUUAAAGGUGUUCAAUACAAAACCAAGUCAGGUGAAGAACUAAAAGCUUAUGCGCCCUUGACGAUUGUAUGUGAUGGCUGCUUUUCAAAUCUACGGCGUGCCCUUUGCUCUCCAAAAGUUGAUGUUCCAUCAUGUUUUAUUGGGCUGGUAUUGGAGAAUUGCCAACUUCCACAUCCAAACCAUGGCCAUGUUAUCUUGGCCAAUCCUUCGCCAAUACUAUUUUACCCAAUUAGCAGCACAGAGGUGCGCUGUUUGGUUGAUGUCCCAGGUCAGAAGGUGCCUUCCAUAGCUAGCGGUGAAAUGGCAAAUUAUCUCAAAACCGUCGUUGCACCCCAGAUUCCUCCAGAAAUCUAUGACUCUUUCAUAGCGGCCAUUGAUAAGGGAAGCAUAAGAACAAUGCCAAACAGGAGCAUGCCAGCGGCUCCACUUCCUACCCCUGGCGCACUUCUGAUGGGGGAUGCCUUCAAUAUGAGACACCCUUUAACUGGUGGAGGAAUGACUGUUGCAUUAUCCGACAUCGUUGUCCUACGUAAUCUUCUCAAGCCUCUCCGCAAUCUCCACGACGCAUCUUCCCUGUGCAAGUACCUCGAAUCGUUCUAUACGCUGCGGAAGCCGGUUGCCUCCACCAUAAACACGUUGGCCGGUGCUCUGUACAAGGUCUUCAGCGCCUCGCCUGAUCAAGCUAGGAACGAGAUGCGCCAGGCCUGUUUUGAUUACUUGAGCCUCGGAGGCGUCUUCUCGAAUGGGCCUAUUGCCUUACUCUCGGGUCUUAAUCCUCGGCCACUGAGUUUAGUUGCACACUUCUUCGCUGUCGCUAUCUACGGUGUUGGUCGCUUGAUGCUCCCUCUUCCUUCGCCUAAACGGAUGUGGAUUGGAGCCAGGCUGAUUUCUGGUGCAUGCGGCAUCAUCCUCCCGAUCAUCAAAGCUGAAGGCGUGAGACAGAUGUUCUUCCCUGCCACUGUGCCCGCAUAUUACCGGGCUGCGCCUACGGGAGAAUAAGUAAAGCGAGAACCGAUUCCGGGCUGCUGCAGUGCUGCUGAUCCCACCAUGAUCUGAUGGCAACUGAUGUGUCAUGGAUGGCAUUUUUUUCCUGUGUUAGUGGUUGUUAGGUGGUUUGUUGUGCUGCUGUCAUUGGAAUGAGGAACCUGUAUAGUGUGCCCCUGGGUACUGGUCAAAGUUGGGAAAUAUGUUGGGUCCUACCGUAGCCAUGUCGAUUACUGCCAAGCUGUAUAUGAUUCUGUCGAACUAGUGAAACCUCUCCCCAUCUUUAACGCGUAUCAAUCUUGUUUGCUCC